AUAAGCACUGGCCACGCUUCUGUUUCAGUUUAUAUGUAGGUAUCUAUCUAAGUAGUUGUCAAGUGUUAACGUCGAUGCAUUUUAUGUACGCCGCACCAUAACUCUUAUCCGUCAUUCGUCGUACGUGAUAAAUUUUCUUCAGUAGUGAAUGUUCAUUAUUUAGAUCGAAUAGGUAUUUUGUUCCAACUACUGCAAAAAUGCCGAUAAUAUUAUUUGUCACUUUGCUUUUAAUUAGUAUUUUUUUAAUAAAAUAUGCGAUUAAAUUGAGAAACAAGAGAUUAUAUGAAUUACUGGAGCAAUUUCCGUCAAAACCAACAUAUCCUCUGAUCGGAAACUUCCUUAUGCUGCGAGUUCCACCGAAAGAGAUAUUGGGAGUACUGGAGAAUCUCAUGGAAUCACAUAAGCGUUUACUUUUCUGGUUGGGUCCUAUACCAGUCAUAUUUUUGAAAAAAUAUGAUGAUAUUAUGGCUGUGUCAACUCUAAGUCAGAAUCGUGAUCACACACUGCAUUUUUCAAAAGAAUGGCUGGGCACUGGACUACUCAAUGCUAAUUACGAAGAAUGGAAAAAAUCGAAAAGAAUUCUCGCACCAGCGUUCAAUUCUGUAAUGCUUUCGCGAUACGUAGAUGUUUUCCAAAAAAAAGCUGCAACACUGGUGGACAUCCUGGAGCCAGCAGCAGACUCCGGUGAAAUAUUCAACUGUCAAGAUAUUUUGAUGAAAAUCAACAUUGAAACAAUCGCAGAAAAUACAGCUGGUGUUCUGAAAAAUAGUGGUGGAGAAGAAGAAAAACAAUUUGCUAAUGCUAUAGUAAAAGCAUUUCAAAGCAUAAUGAAACGUGCGAGAUCAUUUUGGAUAUAUCCAAGUUUUACGUAUAAAAUGUACUUGCUAAUAUCACGAAAAGGAAAUUUAAUUAAACAGUUUUGGAAUUUUCCUGAAAAGAUAUUAAGAGAAGAACUGAAAAAGGGUUCAUUUGAAGAUGAUUCUUCAAAAACAAUAGUUAGUUUACUUGUGAGAGGAAGCCAUGAAGAAGAGCAACAUUUCACUGAAGCACGUAUGCGAGAUGAACUGCUGCAAAAAAUGGUUGCGGCUAGUGAAACUACAUCAAUAAAUGUAGGAUUUACUCUUCUCAUGUUGGCCAUGCAUCAGGAUAUUCAACAAAAAGUUUACGAAGAAAUCUCAGAAAUUUUUAAAGACAAUGAUACCCUUACAGUAGAUCAUUUAUUGCAUCAAUUAAAAUAUCUCGAACAAUGCAUCAAAGAAACAUCUAGAAAGUAUACUCAUGUGGUGGUUACUACCAGACGAACUCAUAAAGAAUGCAUAUUAAAAGACAAUACGAUUAUACCAGCAAAUAUUGCAGUCAUGUCAAUUAUACACAUUGCCAACCAAGACCCAGAAUUAUACAAAAAUCCGCAUAAAUGGGAUCCGGAGCAUUUUAGCGAUGAAGCUGUGAAAAAUAGACCCAAAAAUAGUUUUAUGAGUUUUGGAUGUGGGCCACGAUCCUGCAUAGGAGAAAGGUAUGCAAUAAUGUCAAUCAAGACCCAAAUUGUGUAUGUAAUACAUAAAUAUCAUCUGUCUACCAAUAUAAAAGAAUUAACUAGAGCUCAUUUGACAACACAUUUGGGUAUAGGAAGUAAAAUUGGUUAUCCUAUACAAUUUAUAAAAAGGGUGUCAUGAUUAUUGUUUUCAAUUUGUAUGUAGGUUUUAUUUUUAUUUUUCAAUAUAACAAUCUAAAAUUAA